UAAAUUAUCGUCCAUAAAAACAAAAAGGUGUGAAUGUGAUCUCGUACACACUGCGCUCCAUCUGAUGCGCGAUGAGAAAAGUGUCAACCGCAAAACAAAUUCUAACGUCUAUUAAAGUGAAUGAGUUCAUUUGUGCGGAACAUCCAGUAUAUUUACGUCUUCUCAUUACGUCCAUCAAAAACGACAUACAGAGCUAAACAAAAUGGAAAACGCGGAAGAUGUGAAGACUAUAGUAGAAUUAUAUAUUUAUGAUCUUACCAAGGGACUUGCUUCUAUGAUGUCUAGGCUCGUUAUCGGUCAACAUGUAGAAGGUAUAUGGCAUACAGCUAUUGUCGCUUACGGAAGAGAAUAUUUCUUUGGACCAUCCGGAAUACAAAGUGCACGACCUGGUGGUACAGUAUUAGGAGAACCACUCAAAGUAGAAAAAAUCGGAGAAACAUAUUUGCCAUAUUCUCUCUUUUUUGAAUAUAUAAACGGUUUGGGAACAUCUACGUUUGCUCCAGGUACUUACAAUCUUUUUAAACAUAACUGCAAUAGCUUCACAAACGAAGUCAGUAAUUUCUUAGUGGGCCAAGAUAUUCCGAAAUAUAUUCUUGAUUUACCCGAAGAAAUACUUAAAACACCAAUUGGACAACAAGUUGGAGGUCUCAUAGAAGGUUUAUCUAACAGUUCAAAUAAAUCAUAUAUAGUUGGUCAAACAUUCCUUGAAUCAAGAAAUCAUAGAGAAGUUUCACCGGAAUUUCAGCUUUUAAAUGAAGCUAUUGAAGAAGCAAGAUUAAAUUCGAUUGCAUUAGAAGAAAGAAGAAACGAGAUUAACGAAAAACUUGCGAAGAAAGAUAGAAAAAAAAAAAAGAAGAAGAAGGACAAAAGACAAAAAGGAAGUAAAGAUAGUGCAAGUGAUAGUAAUAGUACCGAUCCUAGUAAUUAUACCCAUAUGGCAGAAAGCGAAAGUGCAGUAAGUUUGAGCGAAAUGCAGGCUUCAAAUGGUGAGAGUACAGAAGUAUUACCAUCAGAUAGAGUUAUGCAAAUGGAAGAAGAGGAAAAAAAAGAACAAGAAGAAAAAAAACGUCAUCGUGAUCCUCCUAUUGUAUUUAAGGAUGUAAUAGAUAUCAAAGAAGAAUAUCAAGCAUUAAUCAAAAUAUUAGAAGGAAAAUUAAGUGAAGAAGAACGAGUGUGCUUAGAUGAACUUCGACAAUAUGUUUUAGAGAAUGAAGGUUCUUGGGCUCUCGGGGACAAUUUUUUAAAUUUUGUAGGGCGAAUUCUAUAUGAUAAAUCUUUGUUAAAUGAUGCAAGAGUAAAAUUAUUGAAUAUAUUAUCUGUUGCUGCAUUAAAAGACGAUGUAAUCCUUUUAUUACAUCAGGAUAGAAGGGAACAUAUAAUUAUGAAUUAUGCUUUCGAUAUUGAUCGUCAUCCCCAAGAAGAACAACUUCCCCUUGCACAAUUUUUGGCAAAUAUGUUCGAAAAUCUUAGUAGUUCAGAAUGGCUGUUAUACAUAUCGGAAUGGCAAUAUCAAACUCAAAAUAUAAGUAACAUAAGGGUAACGACCAAAGUCGCAGUGCAUUCGUUGCUUUCAAAUUCGAUCGACUUGCAGAUUCGUGGCGCCGCUAUUAUUCACAAUCUUGCCUGCAAGGAGAAAAUGAACAAAAGCAAAAAUCUGCGGCGACUUUUACCAAAAGGCAGCAUUUCUAAGGUAUUCGAUGAUGUUGCUGUAGAAUUGACAAUGGCAUUGUUGCAAUACUUCAAUGGUAGUCCUGCUGAAGAACAGUUAUAUGCCUGUAUGAAGUCAUUGGCACGUUUUACGCAAAUUAGUGGUCAAGAUGUACCACAGCUUAUACAAAUGAUUGGACCAGAACCAAACAAAUUUCGUGGAACGUCUGAAAGAAUUGACGAACAAAUUGAUCAGGUUAAUAAGAAAUUACGUUAAACGUAAUUCAAUAUAAUUUUAUUAAUAAUAGAAAUCGUUAAAUUCCAAACGA